AUGCCUUGUUACGCCGAUAUGAUUAUUAAAAUUAAUCAAGUUCGUCAAUCUGAUAAGGAUGGGUCUAGUUUAACUGUUGUGUGGGCGGUGGGUACUUAUCCUGUUGGAAUUGACGAUUGCGAAAUGGAGUUGGUAUUAUUUGUCCCAAUGAGUCAUUACGAUAGAGAUCCCAAUAUUCAAUCCGUUUUUAGAAAAGAUGAAUAUUACAGUGUAGGUGGAAAG